UUGCCAACUAUGUGAAUGUUUUGUUGAAUAUACCGAUCGAGAUAUGAAUAUAUACACCCAGCCAUAUAAUGUGGCAAUUAAUUCUUACGAAGCAACAGAAGAUAGAUGUUUAGCUGCAUGUCAAAAUGAUCAAAACUGUAAAGCUGUUGUUUAUGGUUAUAUUGGAGGAAGAGAUGUUUUUACUUGUGAAUUAUAUUCGGAAUCAAAUGUAAAAAGUCCUCUUUACACGCCAUUCACAAAUAUUUAUAUCAAGAAAAGAUCUGAAUGCAGAAAAUCUGCUCUCGGAUAUGAAGCACUAGACAUGACAGACGUUGAUGAAAGAGUAGCAGCAAGAAAACAACGUUAUCUUCGACUUUAUACAAAAUUUAACUUUUUUGGAUUUGGUUAA